AUGAAUGAAAACUCAGCAUUAUCUUAUUUACAAGUUUAUUAUCAUUAUCCUCAACAAGAAUCCCAGCAUCUGCUACAGUCAUCAUCGCAACAACCACAAUUUUUUUUAAAUGAUGAUAUGCCAACAUUUGAUUCACAAGAUUCUUUCGUAUAUUCUAUACAGCAACAAAACUCUUUUAUGUCUGAUAUACUUACUAUAAAUACUACAGAAGAUGAUAUAUCUUCUAAUAUUGAUAUGUCGGAAAUAGACCAAGAUGGAGACCAGCUUAAUAUUGCUCCUGGUUUACCAUUUAAAAGUUGGGAACAACUUGAUCGUCAUAUUCAAAUAUAUGCUAAACAAAAUAGUUUUGUAACAAUUAUUCUUGAAUCUGAAUCAGAUGACAUUACACGUAGAAGAUGUAGAUAUGCCUGUGAACAUCAGGGAACAGGUCAUUCAAAAAAAACGGUUAUUUUAGAGCAGCAAAAACAAUCUCGUACAAAAUGA